CCAUCACUCUUCUUCCACACCAACGAAGUUGGAUGGAUGGGAUAGAGAUGCGUGUUAUUGCAGAAUGCCAAGCAUCAACGCUUACUCUCAACUUGAUCCCACUUUGUAUUUUCCAUAUAUAGUAUCAGAUACUAGCUAGCACAAAGAAGAAAAAGCAGCAAUAGCACCAUGUUUGGCAAACUCUUUGGGCAACUGGCCGUGCCGUUUCUCCUGGCAUCUACGGUCCGGCAAGAGAAACCAUUUGCUCCCUCCUCCAUACAAGAGAUUCGCAGUUCCAUGGACCAAAUGUAUCAAGAUCUCGUGGAUAAUCCCGGCAAUAGGACGCAACAAAUCAGUCCAACCUUGCAAUUCUCUUAUGUAUCCCCACCCAUUAAUGGCCAGAGCACGUGGAGGGGUAGCAGUAGUCGCCAUGGCGAAACAACAGACGCCGACAACAAUGACAGUGACAAUAAUAAGCCGAUUGCGAUUUAUCUCCCGGGAUUGGAUGGAACGGGUAUCACUGCCUUUACCCAUCAGUUUGAUGACUUGGCCAACACAUUUGAAUUGUGGCGAUUGAUCAUUGAUGUGACGGAUCGAUCCGAGUUUCGACAAAUCCUGGAAGCUGUGGUUUCCUUCAUUGAUGAACAGUUUCUACAGCAACAUCCUCAAGAUAAUCGUGAGAUUGUCUUGAUUGGAGAAUCGUUUGGAGGUGUUCUGGCAUCGGCAGUGGCCUUGAAGUUCCAAGCCAGGCAAGAACAACCACGCAAAAUGGACGGCUUGGUUUUGGUCAAUCCUGCCACCGCCUUUGAAGAUACCAACUGGGAUACCAUUGUGCCCCUGUUGGCAUCUCUGCAAUAUCUCAGCAAUGACAAUAAUAGCAGUACUCCCACCCCCUAUUCCUUGGCAGGAGGCAUGGCCCUAUCCUACUUGAUCCCGGACAACAAUCAGCUCCGUCGCAUUGUCGACAUUUUGGUCAAUGCCGUGGGAAUUCCACUCAACAAUAAUAACACUGGCAAUGAUGACGAGGAACCCAUGCAAGAUGCCAUGUUGGGCAUGUUGGAGAUUUUGGAAGAACGAUUGCCCGCUGGCACGUUGCAACAUCGAGUCAAUCAAUGGCUGGUGGUCGGUACAUCCUUGGUCAAUGCUCGAUUGCAAGACUUGCAAACUCCGACACUGGUCGUGGCAGGGGAUCAAGAUCGCAUCAUGCCGUCCGUCAAAGAGGUCGAACGUUUGACGAAAGUCAUGCCGUCGUGCGAAAAACUCUUGGUACGAGGGCGAGGACACUUUGUGCUGGAUGAAAAUGUCAACUUGACCGAAGCCAUUCUCUAUUCCAAGAUUGAUCCGCUGCAGUGGAGAACCCACAAUGAUGAUAAUGACAAGACUACUCCUACUAGUCGUGGGGAAGCAACUACUCGUAGUAGAAGCAACAACAACAACAAAAAGCCAUCUUACGAUCCCAUUAUGGAUUGGACUCUGCCACCGCAAAAGGAAGUGGAUGCCGUCUUUGAGAGUCAAGUCAAGCCACUACGAAACAUUCACAGUCCCGUCUUUCUCAGUACAGAUGCCAAUGGCAAACGAUGGCGAGGACUGGCCAAGAUCCCCUCACCAGCAAAUCACGGGCCCAUUCUCUUUGUGGCCAAUCAUCAAUUCUUUGGACUGGAUCUCAACCUGAUCAUUGCAGAACUCUUGGAAGAACGAAACCUGAUAUGCCGUGGUAUGGCACAUCCGUUUGUGUUUAAUCAAACAAAGGAGUUCCCAGAACUACGAGGUCGCACUCCAGGGUUGCUUUCAUCGAAUGGUCCUGCCGGUGGCAUUAACAGUUUUACCAACUUUCAAAAGUUUGGGGCCGUGCCCGUGACGCCUCGAAACUACUACAAACUGAUGCAGUCGGGUCAAAAUGCCUUGCUGUUCCCCGGUGGUGUCAAGGACGUGUGGCAAACAGAUCCCAGCUAUCCGCUGUUGUGGCCCGAAAAGACGGAUUUUGUGCGAACGGCGGCUCGCUUCAAUGCUACCAUUGUCCCACUGAGUGCAGUAGGAAUGUUGGAAAGUGCCCGUGUCGUGGUGAAAGAUUUGCGAACAGUCCCCUUCUUGGGGGGGCGUAUCCCCGAAGGAGGUGGAAUGAUGCCAGCCGCUCGAUUUGAUGCCCCGAAAGGCGAGAUGGAUCCUCUCCCGCCCGUGGCUCUCCCAGGUAUGCCGCAGAGAAACUACUUUGUCUUUGGGAAACCCUUUAGCACUGGGAACAUUGAUCCCAAGGAUAAGGAAGCAUGCUCGGAUCUGUACAAACAAGUAGUGGCGGAAACCAGGAGAGGGAUUGACGACAUUUUCCAUGCCAGAAAGAAAGAUCCCUUCUCCGACACACCAUCGAGGAUAGCCUACGAGCAGAUCACCCGAAAGCAGGCUCCUACGUUUGGUCUGGACGUCGUGAAUCGAGAGCGCCUGUAAACAAGUUCAGAACUGUGAAAAUCUGGAAUUCAUCGCCUACCGGUAGCUAGCUACCAUAGCUACCACAAUAGUAGGAUUGCAACUCUUGCAUCUCGUACAUCUCGUACAUCUCGAACAUCUCGUUUGCUUCCGGAAUAUCUAAUAUUUUAUUUUGGAUCGUCCAAUUAAAUUCCUUGCUGUGAUUGAAUUCGCUCAUAAAGACAGACCUUCAGAGGAAUGAUCAUGAUCAUUCCUUCCAAAAUUGUAUAACCAAGGGUCUUCCUAUGCGGGAAAUAGUUUGCUUCUUUCUGGAUUUCAGGCCCUCUGGCUUUACAGUACUAGUUGGGACAACUUGGGAGGGCAGUAUCUACAGGUAGUCUGAGGUAGAUCAGUCAGUGCUGCUGAUCUUCUUUCAAAAGCCAAACAUCCAACUGUGCUACUACGGUUGCUAGUUUCUCAGUGCUAAGGGUCGAGCAGUUUUACGACAGGCUUGUGGAUGGCUGGUUGCACUUGCCUUACUAGUAACUUCUUCGUCUGACAAUGCUGGCACAUAGGUUGACAAGUAGCCACACUUUCUACUAACCAUUGAUAAGUCUGUCCCGUCCUUGCAGCUGUGGAAAUGUUUGGCAAGGGCUGACACUACUAGACCACAUCUCAUGUACUACUGUAUGCAUACAUACAUGUAGGGAUCCGUUCUGUUUCCAUUCCAAAAGUAAGUUACUUUGAAUUCCCGCAAUUACAAUGCCACGGAACUGCUUGGA